GGCUCGUCAGUAUAAACGGAACCUGCCGGAGUCUGGUGAUUAGCAUGGGAGCAUCGGCGGCUGCGGUCCCACAGAAUUUCUGGAGUUCCGCGGGCAGGCUGCCGGCCCGUGCCCGGGGCUGCUGAGGUCCCGACCCCAGCAUGCUGGCCUGGCGCGUGGCGCGCGGCGCGUGGGGGGCCCUCCGCGGGGCCGCCUGGCCGCAGGGGGCGCGGCCGGGCCGGGGUGCCGCCUGCUGCCUGGCCGAGCGCUGGUGGCUGCGUCCCGCCGCGCUCGGCUGGCGGCUGCCCGGGGCUGGCCCGCGGAACCUGUGCUCCGGCGCCGGGAAGGCGGCCGCGGGCCCCGAGGCCGCGGGAAGCGCCGCGGCGGAGGCCCCGGGCGGCCGCUGGGCCCGGGCGGGCGCCGCCAGCCUGUAUGAAAAUCCAUGGACAAUCCCAAAUAUGUUGUCAAUGACGAGAAUUGGCCUAGCUCCAGUUUUGGGCUAUUUGAUUAUUGAAGAAGAUUUUAAUGUUGCACUAGGAGUUUUUGCUUUAGCUGGGCUAACUGACUUGUUGGAUGGAUUUAUUGCUCGAAACUGGGCCAAUCAAAAAUCAGCUUUGGGAAGUGCUCUUGAUCCACUUGCUGAUAAAAUACUUAUCAGUAUCUUAUAUGUUAGCUUGACCUAUGCAGAUCUUAUUCCAGUUCCACUUACUUAUAUGAUAAUUUCAAGAGAUGUAAUGUUGAUUGCUGCUGUUUUUUAUGUCAGAUAUCGAACUCUUCCAACACCGAGAACACUAGCUAAGUAUUUCAAUCCUUGCUAUGCUACUGCUAGGUUAAAACCAACAUUCAUCAGCAAGGUAAAUACAGCAGUCCAGUUAAUCUUGGUGGCAGCUUCUUUGGCAGCUCCAGUUUUCAAUUACGCUGACAGCAUUUGUCUUCAGAUACUGUGGUGUUGUACAGCUUUUACCACAGCUGCGUCAGCAUACAGUUAUUAUCACUAUGGUCGGAAAACUGUUCAGGUGAUAAAAGACAGAUGAGAGUCACCCGUCUUCAUCAGCAAGGAAGCCAUACACAGUGGCAGUGGCAGCGGUGGCAGCACCAGUGGAAAGCUACAGAGUUCCCCUAUUUUGGUGUUCAGCUCAAAAAAAAAAAAAAGACUUAUCAAAACAAACCAUGUCUUCAAAACUGAAGUAAUGUGCAUUGAAAAUAAGUUUGAUCGUGGGCCUGUGCCGAAUUUCCAAUGUAUUUUUAAAUGCAAAUAAAACUAUAAUUUAGAAUUUUUAAUCUUAGGUUGCUUGAUUAUUUUUACAAGAUGGAUUAUUCAAAUUAUUGUCAGUCUUUUUUCUAUAUUUUUACAAAGCACAGUGUGAUAGUGUGGAAAUGAGAAAGUAAUAGGGAUUCCUUGGAAUGAAUGAAUACACACACACACACACACACACACAAAAUCCUACACGACUUGGCUAUAUAGUUUUUUGAUUGAUUUUUAAAUCUGUGAGCACAUUAGGAAUUCAUGUAGUUAGCCUUUGAUUAUGGCAGGCUGAUAAGAAUAAAGUUAGGUGGGGAUGAAAUAAAGCUGUGAAGAGAUUCAAAGCACAGUAAGUUUGAAAACAAGAUCAAACAAAGUAGAAGGUAAUGAAGUUCAUCAGUAGUAGUCUUCCAACUUCUCAGGUACCCAAUAGCUGUGUGUCACGAUAUCAAGAAUACAAAUGUGAGAACAUAGUCAUUACCUUCGAAUGUAAAAGGCUAUGAGUUGUCAUGCCUUUCACUGUUUCUAACAUUAGUGAUGGUGUUUGUUUGAAAUUGGAACCUGUACUCAAUGUAAAUGAUAUGAAAUUAUAUAUUUUUCAAUGGUUUUUUAAAGUUUUAGGGGAAUCUUGUUUACACGAUAAAGGAAUAAAAGAGCUGGAAAAAAUAUA